AUGCAAUCCGUGCAGAGGAAGUUUGGCAGGCUGCUCAGCAAGAACCCGGGCGACAAUGCCAAACUUAUCGAAAGCGCAAAAUCCUGGCAAGAGUCAUGGUUCACCCUAGUCAACUCCCAGCUCGAGAUUGCCAACGUCUACGCGGGCCUGUAUGAUCCUAUAGUUGGCGCAUCUGACGGCCACGGUCGCCAGACCGCCAUCACACCAGAGCUCCAGCUCCACAGAACUUUCGCCCUGAAGGACGUCUACUCGGACCUGAGGACAGAGCUCACCGAGGACAUCACUUCCAUCGAAACCCGCAUCAUCCAACCUGCCAACAACGCUCGGCAAUCCAUCAAUCCCAUACGCAAGACCAUAAAGAAGAGGGAGGACAAGCGCUUCGAUGUCGAGAAAACCCAGGACAAGGUCCACAAACUUCAUCGCAAGGCCACUCGUACGCCCAAGGAAGAUGCUCAACUGGCAAAGGCCGAGGACGAGCUGGCAACUCUGUCCGAGGAGUUUGAGAUUGCCGACCACCACCUGCGAGAGACCCUACCGCCCAUAAUCCAGGCUACGUUUAGCCUCGUCCCUCCUCUUUUGGCUGCGCACAUUGUCAUCCAGAACAGGCUGCUCGGCUUGUACUACACCGUCUUGCAUGGAUAUUGUGAGGAGAAUGACUUUCCUUCCCCGGCCCCGCCAAUGGACGAUGUCAUCGCGGAUUGGGCCAGGUACUUCGAGCCUGGGAAGCGCGACGUGGAAUCGAUCUCCAUGAUUUCUCGGGGCAGGGGCAUUAGGGAACCUCUGAACCUAUCGAACGAUGGCGCUCCGCUUAACCGCCAACUCUCCGCCCCUCCACCGGAAGCCGGUAUGCGCCGCGCGUCCUCGGGCCUUAUCCCUAGCGUCAAUGGAGGCCGACCACGGAUAACUUCGUCCAACUCGACGGCGCGGACACCGUCACCACAACCCAGCCCCAACCUUGGCCCAAGGCCAGACGCCAAGAACUCUAAUUUCGGCGGGCACCUGAAACCUACAGACUUCACGACAGCAAGUGAUCUGGGGCGGGCGGGUGGCCAAGUCUCUCCGUCCCAGCUCCGUCAAUCAUCUGCAAACGACUAUUUUGGCAGCCGUAACCCACCUUCUCCAGCUUCCACGAUCGCCUCGAAUUUCUCGCAAACCAGCAUCGCGGCCAAGAAGAAGCCACCUCCACCGCCCCCACCGAAGCGCAUCGGUAGUGGCAAGCCAGAGGAAUAUGUCAUUGCGCAGUACGAUUUUGUGGGCCAGGGCGCCGGUGACUUGUCCUUCCGCGAGGGCGACAGAAUCAAGAUUAUCAAGAAGACGCAGACGGACCAGGACUGGUGGACCGGCGAGCUGGCCGGCAGGAGAGGAGAUUUCCCUGCUAAUUAUUGCAAGCGCGCUUAG